AAAGCGGCCAUCUUUAGUGAGGGCUCGCUCGGCCGUCUCAUACCUGGCAAAAAAGACAACAACGCAUGGCCGCCCGUUACAGUGCCCACCUCUCCUCCCCUUUCUCCGCCAUCUUAAAAUUGGGCAGGGAAGACGAGGGAGUCAAAUGCAGCGUUGCUUGGUCAACGGGCCUCCUUUCAACUGCCAAGUGUCCCGGAAGUCGAGUGAGGGAAGAGGAAGUCGAGUGAGGAGCUGCCACUUGGCCUUCAUGGCAACAGCUGAGGGAGCUGGGCAUAUGCUGGCGGCAGGGAAGGUGGCGGGAGGCUGAGGCACAGGCCGUUUCUCGGGCUCCCUCGUAGCUUUUUCGCUCUGCGUGACGGGAGCCGGCCGGCCGGCCCGCCUGCCUCUCCGCUUGUACCACAAGGGCGCCUGUCCUUCGAGCUGCGAGUCCGAGGGACGGGAGGCAGCCUCCAGGGGUUGGUUCGGGGCCUCCGAGCCUCUCCGCGGAGACAGCGGGCGGACGGCCUUUGGGGGAGUUUGCGGCGUCCCAGGCGCGCAGGUGUCUCGCUGGGUCUCGGCCUGUUGCGGGCGCGGGAGGAGGCGCCGCUGUCCCGCUCGCUGCUUCAUGCGGCCCCUGAGGCUGUUUCCCCUUCCGCAGCCGGGAAGGCGAAUCCUCUCGUGAGUCGGAGCCCCUGCGAGCAGCUCGGCCGAGGAGCAGAAGCCGGCCAUGGAUGACUUCUUGUCGAUCAGCUUGCUCUCCCUGGCUAUGCUGGUUGGCUGCUACGUGGCCGGGAUCAUCCCUUUGGCGGUGAACUUUUCCGAGGAAAGGUUGAAGCUGGUCACAGUCCUUGGUGCUGGACUUCUUUGUGGAACUGCCUUGGCUGUCAUUGUGCCUGAAGGAGUACAUGCACUUUAUGAAGAUAUCUUGGAGGCAAAGCACCACCCAGCUAGCGAGACUCAAAAGACGGUUGAAUCAGAAAAAGCAGCAGAUGUGCCCGUAGUACAUGACCAUGUCCACAGCCAUGACCAUUCAAGGUUACAUGCUUAUAUUGGUGUUUCCCUGGUCCUUGGGUUUGUCUUUAUGCUUCUGGUAGAUCAGAUUGGCAGUUCUCAUGUCCACGCUACAGAUGACCCAGAAGCAGCAAGGUCGGGCAAUUCAAAAAUUACUACCACACUGGGACUAGUUGUUCAUGCUGCAGCUGAUGGUGUUGCCUUGGGUGCGGCUGCUUCCACAUCUCAGACCAGUGUCCAGCUAAUAGUGUUUGUUGCGAUUAUGUUACAUAAGGCACCAGCUGCUUUUGGUCUUGUUUCCUUUCUAAUGCACGCUGGUCUUGAACGGAAUCGAAUCAGGAAGCACUUGCUGGUUUUUGCACUUGCAGCCCCUGUUCUGUCAAUGGUGACUUACCUGGGACUAAGCAAGAGCAGCAAACAAGCACUUUCAGACGUCAAUGCCACUGGAGUCGCCAUGCUUUUCUCUGCUGGAACUUUUCUUUAUGUUGCCACAGUUCACGUUCUCCCUGAAGUGGGCGGAAUGGGACAUAGCCACAAACCUGACUCUACUGGAGGCAAAGGACUCAGUCGCCUGGAGGUGGCAGCAUUAGUUCUCGGCUGCCUGAUUCCUCUGAUUCUGUCCAUUGGACACCAGCAUUAAAGGUCUGAAGUGCAGCAAUCUUCUCCUCAGUCUCUGAUGUGAGCAGCAAUCUGGUGUGUCAAGCUGCCCUUUUAUCAUUGUCUCUCUUACCCUGUUAACCACCUCAUCUGUUUUAAGGAGUCAGAGAGACGCAAAGGAGGAUUUCUGGGAAAGCUUGUUAGCAUAGGAGAUGAUACUCUCGACAGCCGGAUAUAAAAUUCUGCAUAACUUCCCUUUUCUGAAGAUGUUUUAAUUAUGACUUCCUGCCCUAUUCUCAGGGAAGUUGGAAUUUAGAGAUUCUAUGGCAGAUGAUUUGGGAAGGACUUUGUGGCUCAUCAUGAAAGCAUAAUCAAAAGUAUUCUAUAUGUCAGCAUUCACAGCUGACCUCUUGACAUUGGAUGCUGCCUUCUGACAUCUGGGACUAGUUUUCACCUCCAAGAUUUUUCAUGUGAUAAUGAUGGCAUAACUAUCUUGGGAGAUGCAUCUGGUGAAGAAACAUCAACGGGAUAAAGUCCUAGAAAAGAUCUGUACAAGUUAAACAGCUUGAUAGGAUUUUAUAUAUUGCAUUACUAGGAAGCACAUCUAUUGUGUCCCUUGAGUGUUAUCAUCUAUAUGGUAGAAUCAAGGAGUCACAUUGGGCUGAAAGUUAGGUGGUUCUGAGCGCAGAGGGGUAUGUGCUUAUUGAAAUGGACACUGUGCACAUCUACAAAGGCUUAUUCUGCUAAAAUAGACUAAGGUAAGCACUGUUCAUUAAGAGUGAAGGGUGCCUAAAGCAUUUACCUAUACAGAAGCAAAGACCUUAACAUUUCUUGUUAUUACAAACAAGAAACAUUCUAAAUUGUGAGCCUGUCUGAAUUGAGCCUCCCUUUCUUUCUGAAAUCUGAUUCUGAAAUAUUUCAAUCCAAAAUAUUUCAAUCAACAUCGAGUGUAACUGCAAUUCUGAAAUGCAGUGCCUUUCCAUGGAGAAGAUCCUUCCUUUUGGCCUAUAAACUUAACUUCAUUGUGAAAGAAAGUGUAGGAGUCAUAGGGAGAAUCCUAAAAUAUCUGAAAGUUUAUGUACAUUCUUGGUGCACAAUUUUUACUUCAAUUUGAAACCUUCACCUCCAUUGUUCUUCAGUUAAUGGUCAUUUUAUCUUAAAACACACACAAAACAAGAAGAUGAAUUAGCAGUUUUUUGUAACACUGGUUAUUCUACGUGACAAAUGUUUCCCCAUCUUUUCACAGCCCAGUAGCUCUUACAAUUCUGAUCUCUUCCAUGCCUUCUUCACAUCCUGUAGUUGUUUGGCAUAGUAUACUGGUAUGAUUCCUCAUGAAGGUUUUGUUUUAAUGGGUGAUUCUUGCUUGCUGGUAUUGUUUGGCAUUGGUACAGCAGUGACAGUCAAAAUCAAGAUUUCACCAGGGAUCUUUUUUAAAAAAAAAUAUAUGAGGGCAUUUAACAUUAAAAAUCUAAGUGAAAAAUCCACACAGAAUCAAUAUUGUAUGUAUCGUCUUUUCUGAAGGCUUAUUAUUGAUCUACUUUAAAAGAUCUCAGCAGGCCUCCUCAGUGUAAUCCAUUCUACCAGGUGUAGUGUACCCAACUACAUAAGGGGAUCCACUAGAAGCUUGAAUAAAACACCUGUUGUUGCUUUUUGCCUACCUGGGACUGUGAGAACCCACAGCUGCUGGGUUUGUGCAACACAGGUUAUAUAGGCCCGCUUUAAAAAAGUAAAAAUGCUUUUGUACUGAUCAAGAGUCUCUUUUGAAGAAGAAUCUCUUCUCUACGUUGAAAAUAGAAAUACUCUUAAAUCUUGUAACACAGAAAAGGUAUGGACACCUGAUAUGUGAACCAAGAUGUGCAUGUCACAUCUUCAUCAUUGAUGACCAAAGGUAAGUUGGGCACAAGUAUAAUUAAAGGCUCGAUUUGGCCUACUGUGGUGGGCAAGAUGAUGAGAAAGCUGUUCCUGAGCUGGCAGAGAGGAAAACCGCAAAAAUGGGAACUUGUGGGUAAACGGCAAACUAUCUGACAUAGAAGCAAUGGGUGUAGGAAUGGGAAUUGAACCACACUUAAAACAAUUUUUCCUAGUAUAUUUAAUAUUUGAAAGUCAGUGUUGUGAUGCUGGUAUCUUGAAAAUCCUGCUGUUGGCCAGAGUUGCCUUUAGCUGCUCAUUACAUUUUGGAAAAUGGCUGGCAGCUGCCUAUAUUGGAUCACUUUGUAUUAAUGAAAACAAGGACUGCCAGUUCUGCCAUCCCUGUUCACUAACUUUUGGCCCAUUAUGCCACUGGUAGGAUGCCUUCAUUGGACUUCUGUCCUUGAUUUAUAGGGCUGUGUCUAGAGCAUUUGGGACAGGAUCUAGAAUUAUACUGUAUACCUCUCACACUAUUGAAUUUUACUGUGUGCAUCAAUUUAAGAGCGAGAAGUCAUAGAGGCAGUGUGUCAAGAUCUUGUGAGGCUAGAAUGUUGCCAGAAGCAACCUGAUUUUCCACUCUGGCGAUGAGGGGGUCUAGUUGCUUCAUCUGCUAACUACCACAAGAAAAGUAGGUAGCAAAGAAAGGGGAAUAUUUACAUUAUUAACAGCAACCAGAUGUUUCAUCUCUUGUAUCUGUAACUUUAAAGAAUCUUCCAGAUUGGUCAUGGUAAAUGUGGAUUUAUUUCAAUCUUCACUUGAAAUGAGGGCUUUGUAGUCUAGUUCUGCUCUUAGUUCUUAGUAGUAAAAUACAAAUUCCAAUCUAGGCUUCGCGGUAGACUCCUAGGAGCCAUAGACUGCUGAGGAUAAAGGGAUUUACUAUUUGUAACUACUUACAAAUUCAUGUACUUCCAUUAUUCAUGUCAGUUUUGGACUGAGUUGAAAGUGGAAAUCAGUUUAAGUGGAAAUCAGUAUAAGAUGAGCUCUAUCUGUGUGCAACAUUGUUUGGUCAUUUAAUUGGUUAUCCUGCUUUCAUUCACAAAACAGGGAUGAUCUCUUGCCUGAGUCAAACUUGUUUUAUAACAGCUAAGAGGACAGCAGAGCAGACAUAUCAAGGGAACACCAAAUCUCCAAAUGGUGGAAGGAAACUUCUCAGGAUAACUGAAAAUGAUAAUUUGAAACAGCAGAAAAAAAAUAUUCAGCUGCUCAGAGCGCUCAACAACUCAAAACACUCAGAGCAAGCUUGCAUUUGUAGCCAUCUGUAUUCAAAUGGGGAAAACUUGAACUUGUGUAUGUUCUGUUGUUUUAUGCUCUUUAUGAUGAACCACAGGAGACAUGGGUGGGGUGUGCUUACAGAGACAUUUGAAAAUUGAAUGUCUAUUUCAAAAGGAGAUCAGCUUUUCUGUGCUUUGGCUAUGUUUCUGAGCAGCUCGGACUUUGUGGGCACAGCUGUAUACCUGAUUCUGUGUACAAAAGUGUAAUUUUAAUGUUUUUUCCCCCAAAUCAUUUGUACACAUGAAAUCAUUCCAUGGAUGGCUGCCUUAUUUUUGAUUUUUUCCCCCACUUUGUGAACAUUUUAAAAAAUGUUGUUUUUAUUAUAUUAAAAUUUUUAUUAGCUGCA